ACUCGUCAAACACUUCAGAGGCGCUUCCUCAGCACCACCGUUCUCCAACAAACACAUCGGAGUCCCCUUCCUCCGUUUCCCUUUCCCUCCUCCUCCCUCCCCACCCAAUCAAAUCCGCGCCCAGAGAGAGACCCUAGGACCACGCGCGCCGGCGGCGAUGAGGUGGGACGCGGCGGAGGCGGAGGCGGUCCUCGAGCGGAUCUGGAGCCUCCACGACCGCCUCAGCGACGCCAUCCUCGCCUCCUCCCGCGCACGCCUCCUCCUGCCCCCACCCCUGCCCGCGCACUCCGCCAACGGGGCCCACCGCGGCGGCGGAAGGAACGGGUGCGUCUUCGUCAAGGGCGGCGGGGAGCGGGGCGCGGCGCUGGCGGCCGCCGCGGAGGCGGUGGCCGAGGCCAGGAGCCUGCACGCCAUCCGCUCCGCGCUCGAGGACCUCGAGGACCACCUCGAGUUCUUGCACACUGUUCAAUCACAACAGCGCGCUGAGUGGGAUGCUGCAAUUGCUAGAUUGGAGCAGAGCCGUCUUGUCCUUGCUAUGAGGUUAGCUGAACAUCAGGGGAAGAAGUAUAGAGUCAUUGAUGAGGCCUUGGCAUUUGUGGGUGAAGUGAGUGUCAAGAGUCGAUUUAUCUCACCAGAAGAUGUUCGUGCAACACAUAGCCAGUCAGGGGAUGAUGCAGAGGACAACAGGGGUAAUGUUUCAAGGAUCAUGGCAAACGUGGUAUCUUGCAGUUUGUCUUUAGCCAAGAAUUCAUUUCGACUGGACAAGAUUGGUGGGGCUCUUGGUAAUGCCGCAGUAUUUGCAGUAAGUACGCUUGCUUUCUUGCAGCUGCAUCAAAUUGCAUUUGGAAGUAAAACUCCAGCCAUAGAAUACAGGAAGCGAAUGGAGUACAGUUUUCAAUCCGGGAGCUCACACCAGAAUGACAAAGGAAAGCAUCUUGAGGUGUACCUAGCCAGAGGCUGAGGGAUCAUCAAAUCGCUUGCUGUUGGUUGUACAGAAAGUUUUGACCCAAUAUCAAUUUUCGUCAGUUUUAUUAGGGCAUUAAUCAUUCUUUACGAUGGACUGGACCAUACUCCAGGCAACCAGAGCACUAACUGUCCAGUUUUUAUGGAUAUAUUGGACUACCUUCCAGGAUACCACGUAUUGUACCUCCCAAAUUGUAAAUGGAUUUGGCCUCUGAGAUGGAUGGUUUGGCAGAUUGUUUGUAAAUUGUGUCCUUGUUCAAGCUAACUUCAAUGACUGUUUUGAAGGCGAUAGUCUUCGUCGCCAUACUGUCUCCACUUUGUUACCAGUUUUGAUCAUAUUCCACCAGGGCAGCUGCUGCUUGUUGUUCCCAUGAGAGGUGUGUUCAUGGUUCUUUUCUUGUCCGAUAAGUUUGGGUUUGUCAUGGCUACUGUAUGAAUACUUGUGAUGCUUGUGGUUGUGCUUUAAUGGAGUAAAGAUGGCGGUUGCUUUCUUCUGCCUUGUGCUU